AUGGAUCACCAUGACAAACCUUCCGUCGCCACUAACAAUCCCCAUUGGCGCAUCACGACCUCUCAGCUUCUCUCUACGGUGCGAGACCUCCGAGGGAGCCGUGUUACCGGCAUACUGGAGAGUGCGGUGCCCACGGCACUCUCCAAGUCCAUACGUUCUCGCAUACUGGAAGACCCGAUCAGCAGCAGUGGACUGAAAACCAACAUCGGCCCAACGACAUGGAUGGACGGCCUGCGAGGCUGUGCCGCACUCGUCGUGUUCAACUACCAUUUUCUCUUCGCAUUCACAGACUCAACAGCUGUAGGGUUUGGAGUGAACGAGCAACACCACUCGAUAAUCGAACUACCGUUUAUUCGAUUGCUCUAUGACGGCGCAACGUGCGUCAAUAUCUUCUUCGUGAUCGCGGGGUACGUCUGCUCUGCAAAAGCAUUGCAAUUGAUGACAACGGCACCCUCGAACAGCAGUGGGAACCGCCAUGAGAAGGUCCUGUCUAGCCUGAGCUGUUCUGUGUUCAGACGCUUUGCCAGGCUAUACCUGCCUGUCAUGUGCAUGAUGUUCAUCACGACGGUGUCUGCGUACGCAGGCCUUUUUGAAGGGUUGCGAGAUAUGAUCGCCCAGAAGGACGUAAAUUUCAGACCUCAAUUUACCGAGCCAAGCGUGAGACAGUGCGCUACUCUGACACAGCAACUGCACUUCUGGCUGCAGGAAUUGUACAAGCUGAGCGAUGUAUGGAGGGUCGGACCCUUCUACCCUGAGCACGACCCCCACCUGUGGACGAUCGGCUAUGAGGCUCGAAUGUCAAUGCACCUGUACAUUGCUCUGGUUGGUCUUGCGAAGUGCAAGCCUCGGGUACGACUUGGGUUCCUCAUUGCGCUGGCUUUGCUGUAUACGAUCUGGAAUAGAUGGGAAGGGCCACUGUUCUUCCUCGGCGCAGCGCUCGCUCAAUACGACGCGCUCAAACACGCCUCCGGCGCCGUCAGGUUAGACCCAUCACCAACCGACCUACUCCCAGGGUCUCCCAGCACCACGCAGUCAAGCUGCAAACCCUCGAGUGCCGGACGAAUCCUACGCCGUGCAGCGUACACAUUUGCGCUGUACCUAAUGUCCUACCCGAUCAGCGGCUUCAAGAAGCCCGCACCAGGCUUCACAUGGAUGAACAACCUCAUCCCCGCAUUUUAUAGUCGCAAGGAGAAAUUCCCAAAGUCAAUCGGCGUCCUCCUCUUCGUGUUCCUGUUACAGACGAGUCGGAAUCACAUAGCGUCACCGACGCCGUCGUUCUGGCAUCGCUUAUUCACCUGUCGCUUCGCACGAUAUCUCGGCCAGCAUAUGUUUGCGCUAUAUCUUGUGCAUGGGACCGUGCUGCAUAUUGUUGGAUAUGGUAUUCCGCAUUUCGUUUGGGGCUUUACGGGCAAAGAUGGCGCGGCCGGUUGGCUGGCUGGUGUCGUGGUGGGCUGGGUUUGUAGUCUGGUUUUAUGUCUCUUCUUUGCGGAAGUAUUCACGCGGCAAGUCGAUGGCCGGUGUGCGAGCGUCAUCAGAAGGCUGGAGAAUUUUUGCAUGCAAGAAUGA